GCUGGCCCUGGCGGGCUCCGAGAUCCCGCCGGAGGUUCCAGCGCCAGCACGGCGCGGCCCGUGGACGCUGCGCGCGGGCAGCAGGAGCCCACGGGCCCCGAGCUCCCUCCGCACCUGCGCCUGGAUCUGCCCCCCGGCCACCUCGGACCAGCGGGCACGCGCUGCAG